CCAUUGCCCCCACAGCCCCACAUGACUCUCUCUCCCUCUCUUCUAAUUCUCCCCAUAAAUACCCUACAAUCCCCCCUCCAACUUUUUCACUCACACCCACCCCUAACCACUCUCUUUUCUUUACUCUCAUUGAAGCAUAAACACAAACACUUACAGUGUAAAGAAAAAGAAAAUCAACUAUGGCCAUCAGAAAAUCAAACAAAUUGUCUCAAACAGCCGUCAUCAAACAGAUCGUCAAGAGAUGUUCAAGCUUAGGAAAAAAACCCGGUUACCAAGAUGUCGACGGCCUUCCGUUAGAUGUUCCAAAGGGACAUUUUGCUGUAUAUGUUGGUGAAAAUAGAAGCAGAUAUAUAGUACCCAUCUCCUUCUUGACCAGACCCGAGUUUCAGAACUUGCUUCAACAAGCUGAAGAAGAGUUCGGAUUUGACCAUGAUAUGGGUCUCACUAUUCCUUGUGAAGAAGAAGUUUUUCUGUCGCUAACAUCCAUGCUCAGAUAAAUUAUUCAGGUUUUUUUUUUGAUAAUUCGGGUGGGAGAAGAGCUUGUGGGAGGAAUUAAAUUCACGAUCUAAGCAGUUUGCUGCUGGCGCUUAUAUCAUUUGAGUUAUAACUCGCCGGUAAUUACUCGGGUUUUAAUUAGCUUAAUUAGAUGAAGCUGCUAUACUUGCUUCUCUUUUUUCUUUUUGGUCUGUAAUUUUUUCUUCUGGGUUUUUUUACUUGACUCUGACCCUAGAGAGAUUAAGAAUAACCCAUGAAAAAAGUAUAAUCUGGGUUUUAAAUUAGGGUUGUAAUUAAAUUAAGUUACCGUUCUGUGUAAAAAUUCCUGACAGUGGUGUGGGGUUGGUUUGUUACCAAACCAACUACAAAUGUACCCUCCGGGAGAACUAAUAUGAUCAAAUUGCUUGAUUUAA